GCCGCAGCCGCCGCCUCAGCUGGAGAGGAGCCGCUGCCGGCACUGCCAGCCGCCGCCCCGCACGUCCUGGAAUUCCACCAUAAAAAAUGAGAAGGGAGAUUAUUAAAACAACUUUAUAAUUUAUAUUCCUACUAGAAAUGCAUGAGAGUGCCUAUUAUAUUGUCACAGUCUUUUGGAUCGUUGUUGCCAGUCUGUGAAGUAUUCAUCUGUGUGGGAUAUUGCAUAAAUCUUGGAAGACUGCAAUAGAGUGGCAAUGUCUCGGGAACCCAGCCCACCUCUCCCUGGAGAUAUGUCAGCUGGUCCUAUAGCAGAAAGCUGGUGUUAUACACAGGUUAAAGUAGUAAAAUUUUCCUACAUGUGGACCAUUAAUAACUUCAGUUUUUGUCGAGAGGAAAUGGGUGAAGUGUUAAAAAGUUCAACAUUCUCAUCUAGCCCCAGUGACAAAAUGAAAUGGUGCCUGAGGGUAAAUCCAAAGGGAUUAGAUGAUGAAAGUAAAGACUACUUGUCCCUAUAUUUGCUUUUAGUCAGCUGCCCAAAAAGUGAAGUUCGAGCAAAAUUCAAAUUUUCCCUUCUAAAUGCUAAAAGGGAAGAAACAAAAGCAAUGGAAAGCCAAAGAGCAUAUCGAUUUGUACAAGGGAAAGACUGGGGUUUUAAAAAAUUCAUUCGAAGGGAUUUUUUGCUUGAUGAAGCUAAUGGUCUUUUACCAGACGACAAGCUUACAUUAUUUUGUGAGGUGAGUGUGGUCCAAGAUUCAGUAAAUAUAUCAGGACAUACUAAUACAAAUACCUUGAAGGUGCCUGAAUGUCGACUAGCAGAAGAUUUAGCUCGAUCCCCAGUUUUUAAUGCAAUGUUUGAACAUGAAAUGGAAGAAAGCAAAAAGAAUCGAGUGGAAAUAAAUGAUGUAGACCCUGAGGUUUUUAAAGAAAUGAUGAGAUUCAUUUACACAGGGAAAGCACCAAACCUUGACAAAAUGGCUGACAACUUGUUGGCAGCUGCAGACAAAUAUGCACUGGAACGGCUGAAGGUCAUGUGUGAAGAAGCUUUGUGUAGUAACCUCUCAGUAGAAAAUGUUGCUGAUACCCUUGUCCUUGCAGAUUUGCACAGUGCAGAACAGUUGAAAGCACAAGCCAUAGACUUUAUUAAUAGGUGCAGUGUACUUCGACAGCUUGGGUGUAAAGAUGGGAAAAACUGGAACAGCAACCAAGCAGCGGACAUAAUGGAAACAUCAGGGUGGAAGUCCAUGAUUCAGUCUCACCCUCAUUUAGUAGCAGAAGCCUUCCGAGCACUAGCAUCUGCACAGUGUCCACAGUUUGGCAUUCCACGCAAACGGCUAAAACAGUCCUGAAGUCUUCCAUGAACUGUAGAAAAAUGGAAUUGACUUUUUUACUCCUCCAGGUCCAGAAGGAUUCUGAUAUACAAACCAUAAGCAAGAGUUGUUUCUGUUGUCUUGUCCACAGAACAGAAGCUGAAAAAGCAUAUUGCUUGCAUUUCAGGUGGAUAAUUUAUGGUUUAUUCUUCAGCUUUAAAUUAGACUGAUUAUACUCUAAUUCACUUCAAGGCCUUAAAUUAUCUUCAAUGACUUCUCUUGUUCAUAUAAUACUUUAAUUUUUUUAUUGUGCCUUGUCAUUUUGACUAAGGCUAUGCAGGAUUGCACUAGCUCCAUAAUGCAGUAAUAUUGAUGAUAACUGAAGAUAUUAAGUUUCAAAAGGAUCUUCCAUUAGUUUGAGAAAAAAGCAAAAUGAAUUUUAUAGGGUUUGUCAAAGUUUAAAACUAGGUUCUUCUUAAAAGCACUUGUAUUGGAGAUUGCUUGAUAAUGUCUCCAGUCUAAGUUCUAUAAAUAUAGGAGAACCUGCUUACCUUGAAGGUAAGUUACGGCAAUACACUGCUUCAAUUCUAAUUUAUUUUUCAUUUCAGGGGGCAAAUAUGCAAUGAGUUGGCCCAGAUUUUUAGUAAAAUUUGUGAUGUUUGUCUGUGUUAACUGUCCAACAGACUAAGAGAAGCAUAACCUUUGCUUGUGUUUUUUGUGGGUGUAUUCAAGUUUACAAUGAUUGAGAACUGAUUGAGGUGAAGAUUUCAAUAAAAAGCAUGUUUUGUGCUGAAUUAAUUUUUUUUAAUUUAUAGUAACCUACAUUUAUAUGAAGAAUUCUGUCCAUGUUGAAAGUAAGGAUGACCAAAUGUAAAUUUAAUGAGUUGGGCCAAUUAAGAAAGAUAUAUAUGCACUUUUAAUGUGUAAUUUUUGUAUGCUAAAUGGUACAUAUAUUUUUUUUGUUUUUUGAGGGUAUUAAUAAGGUAUAAUUAAUUGUGUCUUAACUUUUGAAAGAAUUUUUUAAGACUGAUGGAAGCAAUUGGGAUGUUUGUGAUAAUAGACAAGAAAGAUAUCCUUGAUUAUAGUUAAAUUGGUUUGAAUUUCAGAUAUUUAUUAUUGAAUUUAUUACUGUCUUAUCACACUUUGGAGAAGGCAGUUGAACAAUAAACAAAUCCUGGAUACUCUACUCUCCUUAAAACAGUGAACUGAUAUUAUUUGCAGACUAAGGAGAGAACCCUUAGAAAUACACAGGCCACACCCUGAACCUUUUUUCCCCCUAGCUUUUCUCCUUUCUAGGUUUCAGUUACUGUACUAACAUUGUGGAUGAUACUGAAAUUCUGCAUAAUGUGAACAGGAUAAACUAUUUAUAAACUGCUUUUCAUGGGCCAGUUCUUUAUUAUAAAUGAAUUUAGCUUUAAACACAUACACAUGUUCAGUGUUUGGAUAGCUCUGUUCACAUGGAGGUCUGUUCUGGUGCAUUGUCCCAGAGAAGUAGGAGCAAUCAGUGGCAAGUCACUGCAUCUGAUUUCCUGUAAUAGUGACAGUAUGCUUCUUAGGCAAGAUUUAUACUUGACCACAAGGGAAAAAGUGUCACUGGAAAAAAACAUAUAUACCUAUAUAUUCACAUAUAUACUUUAUUCUCCAGAUUAAAAUUUGGAUGAUGUGUUUAUUUAAUUUUUGAAUUUAGGACAAAAGGAGAAAAAUGAAGCCUGAGGUUUUAAAAUAGAUUUUAUUUUUGUUAUCUCUUUGUUAGGUAUUCACUGAAGCAAUCUUAAUAUAAACAAACACUGUCAUAUAAGUAUUUGUUAUCCACAACAAACUGUAGUUUGAAAAGAUCAUAUUUUGAGAUAAUUUCAUUUCUUUCUGUGCAGUUUAAUUGGAAUCUUCCUUACGUUAACUUAUAUUUGAAAUUGGUAAAAUCCAUUGGGAUUGAAGGAUUCUUACAUGUUAUUGGACUCCAUCCUGUGUAAGAAUACUUUAGGGAGCAGAACCCAACUUCCUUAACUGGAUUGAGUCCAUUAAAUUUACAAUGUACAAAUUUAAAACACACACAUACAUGCACAGGUUGUUUUUAAAAAUUUGCCAGGGUCUUUAAACAAAAUUCCUCAGGCUAUAGAACCUUGUUUUCAAAAAAGUACUGGUAAAUCCGUUUAUAUCAAAUGCACCCAGGCUCAUUGUGAAUUAAUUCACUGCUUCCAUCUACAUUUCUAAUGAUAGUGACUUCAGUAAUAACACCCAUAUAAUGAACACUGCGGCUUGCUCCUACCUACUUACUUUAGUUUUUCUUGCAGAUCUAAAGGGUUUUAUUAUAAAGUUGUUUUUUGCUUUUUUGAAGUUUGGUAGCACAUUUUGUACCAAAAACGUCAAACACUGUGCUGUGAGAAUAUCCACGUUUGUAAAAAUGUCCACUUUUCAGAUAAUAUAAUGCCUACUAUUAUACUAACAGAAUCGUAUCAUAGUUGAUUUAUUUUUUUUAUUUAUUAUGGGGUUUUUUUUUUUUUUGGUAUUAUGGGUUCUUGAGGCAAUGAAAAAAAAAAACCUAAUGUAUUCUGACGUGAGUGCUCUAAUUUUUCAUUUUGAAACUACACACAUUGUCUUCAGUAGGCACAGAUUCUGUCCUGAGCAGUUUUGCCUUACAUCAGCCUGCUCUUGUUUCCCUUUUGUCACCUAAACAGAGCUUUUCCUUAGAAAAGUAGUGAUUGGUUUUAAAUGUUACAUGUUAUCAAAGUAACCAUUGGAGAUCUGUUCAUUAGCUUGAGAUACAGAAACACUGUAUUUGUGCCUUUUUCAUUUUUAAAUUUUAACAUAUAUUGGUAUUUAGAGCACAAAUAUGAAGGUGCCAUAAUGUUAUGGCUUGCCAUUGUUACCUCCUUGAAACUUGUGUGUCAUUGUCUUGAAAUAGUAAUUGGAGAACCAUGCAUGUAUUAUGUCAUUUGGACGUGUGUGUGUAUGUGUACACGUACUUGUGUUUGCUUGGACUUGCGUGUGGUAUGUUCAGAAGAGUGAAUUUCUGAAAAUAGGACUCAGUUAAAUGUUGAAAAUUCAGGUUAGUUGGAAUAUUUCAUUAAAUGUGCUUAUUUGGGGGGUCAGUUGAUAGGAAAUUAUAAUUUUCAAAAAUGUGACCAUUUACUGCAUGAUGAAAUGUGAAACCAGUGCCUUUUUAGGACAUCAAUUUUAAAGUUAAGUUUUAAAAUAUUCACAAAGAUCUCUUAAAAACUUGUCAUGAGCAUUAUUAGCUUAUUUUUUAAACUAGACCUCAGUUAGAAUUUAAAUUGCCAAAAUAUAAUUACUGAUUUAUUUACCCAUUUAAGUUUUGUGCAUAAAUGUAAAAACUAAGUACAAUUUUUUAUGAAAAUGUGGAUCAUAUACACUACCCAGUGUUAAUAAAUUAGAACACUAGAGACUUCAGUAAAUUGUUUUGUUAAAAUCCAACUCAACAAGCUUUCCUCAUAAGGUAUUUGAAAGGUGAAUUAUUCUGACUUGGACAUUCUUGCUCUUUGGAUAAAAUAAAAAUAUUCAAUGUAUUCUUGCAAAAGGAGGUGGGUGGGUGGGUUUUACUGUUUUCAGAUUAUAAAGACAGCACUUUCAGCACAUAAGAGUAUUUUGCAAACCUCUUUUAUACAGAUUAUGAGCUCUACUUUAUUUAAGUGUUCAUGGAAUGAUGUCAAUUUUAGGUCUAGUUCAACAAAUAUUGAGUGCCUACCAUAUGCAAGACUUCCUCUUCACUAGGAAUGAAAUCACCACACCGUGUCUUCUGUUUGCAGUAUGUGGACUUUAUGUUUAAAAAGGAAUUCUUAUAUUUAAAUCUUAUUCUGUUUGAGUUUAUCGUUGUAUACUGUAACCCAGUUAAUUUCACAUCCAGUUUUUUAGAAUGAAGAUACAACUUAAGUGAGUCCCAUUUUUGAAAAUAAAAUUCUAAAAUUAUUUAAGAAUUAAUUCUGGGGGAACUUGAUUUUCAAGAUUCAAAUGUGUAAAGACUUAUAUGAACUUUUCAGCCUCAUUUUUAAUCAGCUGAUGUUAAUGAUGAGAUACAUACUUUUUGUAUCUUGUUGCUGAAAAUAUUUUUUGCAUUUCAGCACGUUGAGUUAAAAUAAAGUUUUUACUACUUAUUCAGAA